UGGAAUACGAUUGCUAUAUAGUUGUGUGGGUUUCAGUGCAUCUGCCAUGUGUUCAAACAUAUAUGUGCUUAUUUGAUGUCGGAUACAAUAAUUUUCUAGUGUUAGUUAGUUUUGUGUUUGUGUUUCUGCAAUGGCAGAAGUGGCAAAUUGUAUACAUUGUGGAAAGACAGUUGGGCAGAGGCAACGUGCUGUUUCUUGCGAUGCCUGCGAGCGAUGGCAACACAUAGGCUGUGAUUCUGGUAUAUCCCUGGCAGAAUACAAAGCAGCAACAAGAGGCGAAAGAGAAAUUCACUUUCUAUGUGCAGAAUGUUGCAGAAGCAUUCCCACUAUUCAUAGUGUGCCUGAGGACGAAAGGGUAUCACAUGUUGACCCAGAUUUAACACCGUUAGUAGAACCUGAUAGUGCUGACGCGACAUUUCUGAAUGGGGACGUUUAUUCUCCUAUGGCCGCCCCGGUUGCAGAAUCAACAGUAAUCCAUCACGUAAGUAUAUUAUAUAAUAUUCCCUUCCGCGAAUUAGUUUGAUUAUAAUUGUGCGGUUCUGACGAUA